AUGUCAGAAAAAUCCAACAUGAUCGGUACUCAAGGCGGCGAUUUGACGCAGAAGCCCCAUGGCCUAAACAAAAGGAUGGGUGGUCUAAACAAAAGGAUAGACGACCUAAAGAAAACGACAGACAUUCUAAAGGAAACAAUGGACGACCUAGAGAAAUCGACAGAUAACCUGAAAGAAUGGCUUAUGAUUACACGUAUGGAUGAGCUGGGGUAUGCAGCACGGCACAAGAAUAGCUUCUUCCUUGCAGACUUAAAGACAGAUGUAGAAGCCAUUGCCUGGGCGCAAGGUAACACGGAACACAAAUACAGACAAUACGCUGCUAUACUUGGAUUAGAGGAAAUGUAUGGCUUGUCUUUAAGCAGAUGCCGCUCCCUCGUUCGUACAGCACCAGAAAAGAUCAUACGAAUUGCGAACAAAAGAAGUGAUCUCCGUCAUUUCUUUUGGUACCAGGAAAGUCGGUAUUAUCAGGAAAAGGAGAUUAAGGAGGGAAUUAAGGACAUGAAGACAAUUUGCACGGAUAUUAUUACUCUGUGGAAAUACUCUGAACCUCGACAUCUUAAUGAUAAAAUUAUGGCAAAGGUCGCUGAAUUUGACAGGCUCUUGCAAGAAUAUCACAAAGUCCGUGGUCGUUGUGACAGUUCAAUCAAGCACCCGGCAGCCUCAGGCAACCAGGUCAGGUGA